AUGCCAGACUGUCAAAUUUAUACCGUCGGCUGGAUCUGUGCCAUCACUACCGAGCUUGUGGCUGCGCAAUCCUUCCUUGACGAAGAACACGACGAUGCUCAGUCAGCUGCCACAAACGACAACAACACCUAUGUCCGGGGCAAAAUCGGGUCCCACAACGUCGUUAUUGCUCUUUUGCCCCAUGGAGAAUACGGCACGGCCUCUGCGGCUAUCGUUGCGCGGGAUAUGCUACGCAGCUUCCCCAAUGUGCGUAUCGGAUUGAUGGUCGGCAUCGGAGGCGGUGCGCCAAGUCCAAAGCACGAUAUACGCCUAGGCGAUGUCGUGGUUAGCAGCCGCAGUGGCGACAAAGGCGGCGUAUUUCAAUAUGAUUUUGGCAAGACCAUACAGAGCCAGGUUUUCCAAGAAACUGGCUUCCUCAACCAAUCGCCGACGGUGUUACGGACUGCAGUUGGUGUGCUCGAAGCCCAAUAUGAAAUGAAUGGCCAUAAUCUCGAAGCCAGCAUUGAAUCAGCGCUAAAGAGGAUAAAAAGGCGCAAGAAGUAUUCGCGUCCAUUGCCAGCUACCGACGUGCUUUAUCGAUCUGACUUUGAGCACCUGUCGUCGGUGGACAACUGCAACGAAGGAUGCGGAGAUGAUCCUUCUCGCCUAGUAACCCGAGACGAACGCGACGAGGAAGAUGAUUAUCCUGCUAUUCACUAUGGAUUGAUUGCCAGCGCAAAUCAGGUGAUGAAAGAUGCAAUUACUCGAGACAAAUUGGCGGCAGAAAAGGGAGUCCUCUGUUUCGAAAUGGAAGCAGCCGGCCUGAUGAACCAUUUCCCAUGUAUUGUGAUCCGUGGCAUAUGCGACUACUCGGAUUCUCACAAGAACAAGGAGUGGCAGGGCUUUGCAGCCAUGGCAGCAGCCGCCUACGCAAAGGAUCUAUUGCUCCGAGUUGCUCCUGGCAAGGUCGAAGAAGAGCAGAGGGCUAUAGAUAAGCUGAAUAUGGUGCACGAGGAUACACAGACGAUCAAGAAUGCUAUGACUUCCUUUGGUACAACAACAUCUCUUAACCAACUUUCGAUUGCUCAAGGGGCUUCGUUUGACUCUCGAGCAGAGGAACGAAACGAGCCAUGUCUACCCAACACUAGGGUCGAAUUACUUGAGAAGUUAUCUGCAUGGAUUGCUGAACCAAGCUCCAAGCCAAUAUUUUGGCUGAACGGUAUGGCAGGGACGGGCAAAUCAACCAUAGCUCGUACUUUGGCUGAAGCACAAGCCAGGUCAAAGGGCCUCGGCGCUACCUUCUUCUUCAAGAGAGGAGAGUAUGAUCGAACAAACCUCAAGAAUUUUGUAUCGACGCUUGCUCGUCAGUUGGCUAGAAACGUUCCAGGGCUCGACGUGCAUAUUAAGGCUGCGAUCGACGUCGACUCAACCAUUGUUGAUAAACAAGUACAAGAACAAUUCAAGAGACUCGUCGUUGAGCCACUCUUGAAAAUUCCCCAGACCCAAUCGUCACUUGUCUUUGUCAUUGAUGCCUUGGAUGAGUGUGAGCUAGACAGUGAUGUGGCGCUGCUCAUCCGACUCUUCUCAGCCGCGCAGAGUCUAAGCUCCCGACUUCGAGUCUUCAUAACCAGCCGACCAGAACUUCCUAUCCGCCUUGGGUUCAAUAACAUCCAAGGGACCUACGAAGACUUAGUUCUCCAUGAAAUUCCUGCGCCGACGAUUGAACAUGACAUCACAGUCUUUCUCCGACACAAACUGAACCUGAUUAAAAAAGAAGCUGAUCAGUAUCAAGAAGAACGAAAAUUGCCUGAAAACUGGCCCGGUGAAGCAGCUAUGCAGAAGCUUGUUACAAUGGCCAUCCCGUUGUUCAUCUUCGCAUCAACUAUUUGCCGACUGAUCGGUGACUAUAGACUGGGCAAUCCACAGGGUCUGCUGGACGAAGUUCUCAGCCAAGAAAACGGCGAUGGCGCCUCUCAGCUGCACAUGACUUAUUAUCCAGCGUUGAAGCAGCAAUUCGCUAGCUUGCAAGAGCAUGAAAUCGACAGGCGUAGAAAAGUCGUCGAAAGUUUCCGCCUAGUUGUAGGCACUAUUGUGACACUUUUUCAGCCUUUAUCUACGGUCUCACUGUCUGGACUCCUUGGAAUUUCCGAGGGGGCCGUGUCUGCUAGACUGAGAUUGCUCCACUCGGUCUUGGAUAUUCCAACGGAUCCCGAACGCCCUAUACGACUACUGCAUCUAUCGUUUCGAGAUUAUCUCAUCAAUCCUCAAAUUAUGAAAGAGAAGUACUUUUGGAUAGAUGAAAGGCUGGUGCACCAGAAUCUAGCAAGGCAUUGCCUACGUAUUAUGAGGCUUCAUCUACGAGAAGAUAUAUGCGGCCUACAGCAUCCAGGCUCACGUCGAUCCGAUAUCAAAAUUGAACAAGUCAGAUUGAAUGUUCCGAUAGAACUUGAGUAUGCUUGUCUUUACUGGAUACAGCAUGUAGCAGCAGAGAGCCUUGAGUCAGAUACUACUGAGGAGAUUCAUAGCUUUCUGCGGCAACAUUUUCUGCAUUGGAUCGAACUAAUAACCCUCGUUGGAAGGUUUACGGAGGGUGUUCCUUUACUCACAAAAUUACAAGACUGUGUGCAGAGAGCAGAGGAGCACCUGAAUCAACCCCUGGCCGAUUUUAUCACGGAUGCAAUACGUUUCCUGCGCUUGAACUUUGCCGUUAUCAAUGAAGCACCGUUGCAGAUAUAUUCCUCUGCAUUGCUUUAUACACCUGGAAAAAGCCACGUCAGAAUGCAAUAUGCUGAUACGAUACCAGAAUGGAUUUCCCUCAGGCCAAUGGUAGGAGACAACUGGGAUCCAUGUCUGUUGAUACUAGAGGGCCAUAGCAACCGAGUCGGCUCAGUUGUCUUCUCUCAUGACUCUAAACUUGUGGUAUCAGCUUCACAGGAUGAAACAGUCCGCAUCUGGAGCACCGAAACAGGAGAGUGCAGGCACAUCUUAGUUGGCGAUAGAAGGCCAGGCAAGUCAGCCUUCUCCCACAACUCCGAGCUAGUAGCAGCAGCCUCAACUGAUAACACAGCUCGGAUCUGGAGCACCGAAACGGGCGAAUGCAAGCAAAUCUUGGAGGGUCAUAGCAAACCAGUCAUCAACGUGAUCUUCUCACACAACUCUGAGCUAGUGGCAACAACUUCAUAUGAUUCAACAGUUCGGAUCUGGAGCACCGAAACAGGCGAAUGCAAGCAAAUCUUGGAAGGUCAUAGCAACUCAUUUAACUCUGUAAUGUUCUCGCACAACUCUGAGCUAGUGGCAACAACUUCAUAUGAUUCAACGGUUCGGAUCUGGAGCACCCGCACUGGAGAAGACAAGCUGGUUCAGAGGGGGCAAGGCAAUCCCCCCUUGCCAGUAGCGCUGUCUCCAAACUUUAGCCUGGUGGCAUUAGCCUGUGAAGAUGACACAGUCCAGAUCCGGAGCACUGAUACAGAUGAGUGCAAGCAUAUCAUAAAGGGUCAUGGUAGCCAUAUCAAGUUCAUGGAGUUCUCAAAUGACUCCAAACUAGUGGCCUUUUCUGGAGACAGAGGUGCCGGAGCCCGGAUUUGGAAUAUCAACACAGGCGAAGGCAAAGCCCUGGAGGGUUUUGACGAAUGGGUCGAGUCAAUAGCAUUUUCACAUGACUCCAAGCUAGUCACAAUAGCCUCAAGUGGGUAUAAAGUCCAGAUCUGGAGCACUUGUACAGGCGAGUGUAAGCAAACUCUAGAAGGCCAUAACCGUUGGGUCGCGUCAGUCAUGUUUUCUCACAACUCUAAGCUUGUGGCAUCAUCCUCCGCCGACGGCACAGUCAGGAUUUGGGACUCCAGUUCGGGCGAUUGCAGAGUUCCUGUUGGCCAUAGCGAUAGAGUCCGGUCAGUGGCAUUGUCGCCUGAUGCUAAGCUAGGGGCAUCGGGCUCAGAGGAUCAUACAGUCCGGAUCUGGUGCACUGAUACAGGCAAUUAUAGGAUUCUGAAAGGCCAUAGCGAUCAUGUCACUUCUGUGGAGUUCUCGCAUGAUUCGAAGCUUGUAUUAUCAUUCUCGCACGAUUAUACAAUCAGGGUCUGGUGCACUGAAACAGGCGAGUGCAGGGUUCUAAAAGGCCAUAGUAAUACUGUGUUUUCUGUGGUAUUCUCGCAUGAUUCAAAGCUUAUAGCAUCAGCCUCGCAGGAUACAACAGUCCGGAUCUGGAGUACAGAUACAGGCGAUUGCACUAUACUGCAAGGCCAUAGCCAUAUGGUCCGUUCUGUGACGUUCUCACAUGACUCCGCGCUCGUGGCAUCGGGCUCAUACGAUAAAUCAGUCCGGAUCUGGUGCACUAAAACAGGCCAGUGCAUUCUUGUCAAAGAGCAUGACUCUGGCAUCGAAUCGGUGGCAUUUUCACAUAGCUCUAAGUUAGUGGCAUUGGCUUUGCCUGCUGGUAAAGUCUGGAUCCGGAGCGUCGACACGGGCGAGUGCAUACAAGUGAUCCAAGUACCAUGGCGUGACGGAAAGCUAUGCUUCAACGCCGACGACACAUCCAUUGCCACAGAUGCUGGAACUGUGCCCUUGAAUCUCCAGCCUAGUACUACAGCAUCUGAUCCACCUUCUAUGGCAGGCUCAUCUGCAAUAACAGAUCUCUCCAUCGAUGAAGGCUUGACUUGGAUUAGUUGGCGCCAAAAGAGGAUCUUGUGGCUUCCAACUGAAUGCCGUGGAGGGAAAGCAGCUGUCCGCGGAUCAAUAAUUAUAUUAGGAUGCCGGUCGGGGAGAGUGCUUCUGAUCCGCUUUGAUAUAAAGGAGCUUGACGUAUUAAGUCCUGCCGCCAAUCUUUCAGCCGAAGAACCCAAGCUUAAACGCCAGAGACUCGUAUGA